ACAUUGUAUUAAACAAAACUUGACAUGAAAUGUGUUUUUGGGAAAAAUGCCAUAAUGCAAUUAAUGCAAUGAAUGCAAUUUUUUUUUUAAAGGGAAUUUUCAAAUAAAAUGUCUAUAAUGCAAUAUAAUAAUCUCCAAUAAUAUUCAGUUAUUGUGAAAAUGAAUGAUGAAUGAAUGAUAUUUAAUAAUCUAACUUUGGAGUUCCAUAGCUCAGAUGACACUUUUGUUGUGAAAGUAGGACCGGAAGCCGUGUUCUAAAUAGACGAACAGUGCGGAUUCAAGGCCUAGAAAUCAGUCAUAGGCAACUUUGUCAACACACCGGGUUACAUAACAGUAGACAACUGAGCAGAUUUAAGAUAAAAGUUCAUUCAGACGUGGUGUGGAUAAGACAAGAAUGUUGGCCCUGUUGUCUGCCUGGGGAUGAACUCUAAAGUUACAACAACAACAAAAAAAAGGAUCCUGGAUUUGAGAACACUCGCCGGAACCGAGGCAAGGAGCCAUUAAAAAUAUGUGACUAUGAAUCAUUCUGGUCAUGAUUCGUUCUUGGCUAGGGUUGCCUCUCUUGCCGCAUCUGCCUCAAGUUAAACAGCUGGAAAAAUGAGUGCCGUCGGGCUCUCCGCAGCGGGGCUUCCACAGAGGCCUUGAUAUGAAAUCCCUGAUGCUCCGCUGGCUUUGCCUGCUCAGCCUGAGCCUUCCUCUGUUGUUUUGGUUCGGACAUGUGAUCACCCGGGAUGGACGGUCGCCUGCUGUGCAGAGCACCGGGCUAAGGGGGUACAUGAGGAUCCCCUCCGGCAGGAUGGAGCAGUUUCUGGACGUGCACUGCAGCCAGUGUGCCUUGGUCUCCAGCUCAGGUCAGAUGCUCGGAGCUGGCGUUGGUGAAGAGAUUGACAAGAUCGGAUGUGUUAUCCGAAUGAACAAUGCACCCACGCAGGGGUAUGAGAAGGACGUAGGGAGCCGCACCAGUGUUCGGGUUGUGUCUCACACCAGUGUUCCCCUGUUGGUAAAAAAUGAGGGCUACUAUUUCCAGCAGUCGGCAGACACUACGUAUGUGUUCUGGGGUCCCGACAGGAACAUGAGGCAAGACGGGAAAGGACACAUCUUUAACACUCUCCUGAAAAUAGCGAAGAAGUAUCCAAACGUCAGAAUCUACACUGUGACCAGAGAGAAGAUUCAGUACUGUGACAAUGUGUUUCAAAAUGAAACUGGAAAAAACAGAAUGAAAACGGGGGCGUUUCUCAGCACCGGAUUUUUCACAAUGAUUCUGGCUAUAGAUAUGUGCGACAGAAUCCAUGUCUAUGGAAUGAUCGAUGAUAACUACUGCAGUCGGGCCAAUCACAGUGUUGUUCCCUACCACUACUAUGAGCAAAACCGAAUCGAUGAGUGCAGGAUGUACAAGCUCCACGAGCACACGCAGCGGGGGGGCCAUCGCUUCAUCACCGAGAAGGCCAUCUAUGCCAAAUGGGCAACGCGUCAUAAAAUUCAGUUUAAACACCCCCCUUGGAGCCUCUGAAGAAGGACAUCCUGAAACUCAGAAGAUGUUCCUUGACUGUAUAGUGGUAUUCACUUUUGCUGGCUUCUGAUCUUCUCUACUAAAGAAUUUUUUAUUCCACUGUGAACGAUUUGAUUCUGGCUCAUAGUGGAAAAAAAAAAA